AUGCAUGAGAUGGGUGACAGGUCUUCUCGGGUACCACAUUAUAACCACAUUAUCCAGGGACACAUCCGCAAUGGCCACUGCAGCUUCUCAGCGGCCUUGUCCGUUAGCAGACUCAGCCAAAGCAAAGAGCUGAACCUGUCGCACCUGAAUGUUUCUUCCACGCUCAUUUUGCACUUCCUUGGCAACUACGCGAUCCCCACCGUCCCCAUUGCUGAAUCAAGUAAAAUCCAGCGUCUCCGACCGUCGACGGUCCCAUCAGUACCAAUCAUAUCCAGACUCAGGCAACCUCUGAUCCCGCGACCGUUGUCCGACUACGCAGAAGCCAUCGAACAAAAUAAGACAGGCAAAUUCGAUGCCGUAAUGCGAUUUACACAUUCGAGGCAGUUAACCUUCGUGUGCUCUCUGUGAUAUCACUCUGAUCGCACUGGGUUGCGUACGCGCUUU